GGAUAUAAAAUCACGCGUGGUGACCCGUUUUCAUUCAAACGUUCUGCGUACAUCAUCAUUGUUGUAGUCGAGAGAUGGGUAAGGUCGGUAGUAAGCACGGUUUCCAGGGUUUAGCCACUGACGAGCGCGAAUCUCCGGAACCAGAGCCAUCGAAGAGUCUGAUCGUUGAUGAUCCUCGUUCUCCAAGCCAAGAAGUCGAGCGAACACCAAUCAAGACUCUCGACUUAGACAAGGACGUGGACAGUAACGAAUUUCACGAUCCUCGCUCGCCAUCAGCCGACGUGCCAAGAACGCCCCUUCACAAGUUGGACCUAAAGAGUGAAGAUCCGCGAGAGCCGACGUCGGGUAUCGCUCGCACCCCGUUGAACAAAGAAAACGUGAGUUUUAGUCCGCCCGACAUUUUGGGCGCGAUCGAGGAAGAGGGAGAUCAUCAUAGCAACACAGAGAACAAACCUAGUAAGUCACUUCCGGUGCAAGGUGAUGAAGUUGAGGAGGCAGAUGAGGGUGAUGACGUCAUUUUAAAGGAGACAAAUGAAGGCAAAAGGAAAGGUCCGAGGUCGAAGUCUUUGGGGCAGUUGACGAGCAGAGCUUCACCCAGUUAUUGUGCACUAGAAUCAGAUGAGAAUGAUGUGGGUGAAGGUGUGAUAAUGGGUAGCAAGAGAAAGAGCUUGCCGUCGAUUAGCAAGGGAUACAAUAAACUCGAGUUGGUGGAAGAUAGUCGGGAGACGAAAGAGGAUACGAGAGAACCACUAAGUGAGAAAAACGAAAUCGAACAUGAAACCGAAGAGAAAGACACCGAAACAGAAAAAGAGCCAGAUGCUGAUCACACAGAGAGCAGUCAACUGAUUACAGUCCAGUGACUCGGCUUGUUGAUUUUGUAAUCUGUAGUGGAAAUGGAUGUCAUAGCAGCAUACUGAGACAGUACAUGUACUUGUCUGAUGAUUAUAUUAAACUCUCAUAGUAUACACAGUAGCAGACGUUCUCUAGAUUUGACAGAAGAAUGCGUACAUGUGGGAUCACAUUAAUAGAUAUCUUUAAGUG